AUGACGCGACGCGCCGGCGCGGUGCUCGCGCUCGCUCUCUUCGUCGUCGUCUCGCCGCUCGAUCGCCUCGGCGUCGCCGCGGAUUCCCCCACGCUGAGCGCGGGUGCGCGUCACACCUGCGCCAUCGACGCCGCCGACGCGCUGCACUGCUGGGGCGACGACUCCGACGGGCAAACGCGCGUGCCCGCCGACGUCGCGGCGUGGCGCGCGGUCGCGGCCGCCAAGGGCGGAUGCCACACGUGCGGCCUGGCGCUCGACGGCGCCGCGCGGUGCUGGGGAUGCGACGCGAACGGCGAGGUCAGCGGCGUCCCGACGGUGCCCGGCGGGAACAGAUGGAUCUCGGUGGGCGCGGGCAAAGGCGUGAGCUGCGGAGUGGCGGCGGUGGACCGAGCGGUGCGAUGCUGGGGGCGGUUCAUGCCCCAGGUGGGCGCCAAUCCGUGGUACGGACCGUGGUCGCGCGUCACCGUCGGCGAGGACUGGGUCUGCGCGCUGUCCGCGAACGACGCAAAGGCGCGAUGCCGAGGGUGGAGCGCCAACGGCCAGACGAACGUCCCGCCGAGUCUCGCGAACGCCGCGUGGCUCGACCUCUCCGCGGGAUUCCAACACGUCUGCGGCGUCCUCGCCACGUUCCCCCGAUCGCUCGCGUGCUGGGGCAGCGGCGCCGCGGGCGAGUCCACGCCGCCGACACCCACCGAGGAGGAGAUGGCGGCGGAUCCGUCGAGCUCGAUUGGCUCGUGGGGCGCCGUCUCCGCGGGCACGCACGUGACGUGCGGGAUCGUGGGCGCCCAACGGAGGCUCAAGUGCUGGGGAAAGGCGCUCGAUUACGUUCCUGGGUCCGAAUACGCCGCCGCGUUCGGCGAGUUUGGGCAGGUGGCCGGCGCGGCGGACGUCGCGACGUGGGGAACGAUCGUCUCGUCAUCGGGCGGUGACUCAUCGGGCGGCGCGUGUUCGUGGGAUGUGGUCGCGACGGGGAAGCACCACGCGUGCGCCAUCGUCGCGCAGCCGUCGUCGUCGUCGUCCGGGGCUCAAUACACGAACGACAGCUCGAACGUCAGCUCGAACGUCGAUGCGUCUCUUCGAUGGGCCGCGAAGGAGCCGGGGUCGACGGAGCCAGGGAGGGUGGUGUGCUGGGGCGACGAGCGUGGAGGCAAGACACGAGUGCCGUCCGCGGGCGUGACCCUCCCGUGGCGCGCGUGGCCGGCGACGUUCGACGACGCCGUCGACGUCGUCGCGCCGCCGUUCGGGUUCACCGCGCAGAGGACGGCGGCGGUCGGGACGUGCGCGACGGUCUCCGCGGCGCUCGGGGGGAGAUCCGUCGCGGGGGGGUCCGGUUGGGACGUGUUCGUCUCGCUGGCGUCGGCGACGUUGGCAACCGCGGCCAUCGCGCUCGCGUCGUCGAGGUAG